AUGUGUGGAAUUUUCGCGGUGCACAACUACCAAGGGGAUAUUAGUGCGUUUCGUCGACAAGCACUAUUAUUAUCUAAAAAACUAAGACAUCGCGGUCCUGACUGGAGUGGUUGUAAAAUCGUAGGCAAUACCAUUCUUUGUCACGAACGUUUGGCCAUUGUGGGUGUUGCUAGUGGAGCUCAGCCACUCACGAAUGAAAACGAGACAAUCAUUUUGGCUGUCAAUGGAGAGAUCUACAAUCACAAACAAUUGGAGAAACGAGUCCACGAUGCUCAUUUCAAGACACAAUCUGAUUGUGAAGUGAUCCUUCAUUUAUACGAAAAAAUCGGCAUAGAUGUAGUCAAACAUCUCGAUGGAAUGUUCUCCUUCGUUCUAUUCGACGCUACAAGAAAUCGAAUCAUUGCGGCACGUGAUCCGAUCGGUAUUACCACCCUCUACCAAGGCUGGUCAUCAGAAUCACCAGGAACCGUCUAUUUUGCAUCAGAGUUAAAAGCGCUUAACGAAGACUGUGAUAAAAUUAUCGCGUUUCCGCCUGGUCAUGUUUACGAUUCGGAGUCGGGUGAGACUACCAGAUAUUAUAAUCCGCCGUGGUGGAACGCUGACGAUGUGCCAACGAAUCCGGUCGAUUAUAAAGUGUUGCGAGAAGCUUUGGAGAAGGCGGUGCGCAAACGAUUGAUGAGUGAAGUGCCAUAUGGGGUGUUGUUGAGUGGAGGCCUUGAUUCGAGUUUGAUUGCUUCUAUUGCUGCUCGCGAGUCUGUUAAAAUGGCUGCUACUCAAAAUGGUUUAUCGGAAGAUGAGAUUGAUGAAAGUGCUCCUAAAUUCUGGCCACGACUUCAUUCAUUCUCGAUUGGUCUCGAAGGCGCACCUGACUUGGUCGCUGCACGUCGAGCUGCCGAAUUUCUUAAAACCAAGCAUCAUGAAUACACUUUCACCAUUCAAGAAGGUCUCGAUGCCGUGCACGAUAUUAUUUACCAUCUGGAAACCUAUGAUGUGACGACAAUUAGAGCGAGUACUCCAAUGUACUUGCUAUCACGUAAAAUCAAAGCAAUGGGCGUAAAGAUGGUUUUGAGUGGGGAGGGUAGUGACGAGAUUUUAGGAGGGUAUCUUUAUUUCCACGCUGCUCCUAACGCUACCGAAUUCCAUAAAGAAACUGUCAACCGAGUCAAAAAUCUUCACACUGCUGACUGUCUUCGAGCUAAUAAGUCUACCAUGGCUUGGGGUCUUGAAGCACGUGUUCCUUUCUUGGAUAAAGAUUUCCUCAAUGUUGCCAUGACCAUCGAUCCAGAAGAAAAAAUGUACAAAGAGGGAAGAAUGGAAAAAUACAUCCUCCGAAAAGCUUUCGAUGUCUCCACCACCGCUGACUCUCGUCCAUACCUCCCCGACAACAUUCUCUGGCGUCAGAAAGAACAAUUUUCCGACGGUGUCGGAUACAGCUGGAUCGAUUCUUUAAAAGAUGCCGCGGAAGCACAU